AUGCCGGUCGCCGCGUCUCGUCUUGCUCUGCGGCAAUCGCGUUUGCUGAUCCGCCGGUCUGCCUUCAGACAGAACUCAACCACCUCUGAGGCCGCUUCCAAAACGAAAGACGCUGCAUCCUCAGCCGCGUCAAAGGCAUCGGAGGGUUUAUCGAAGGUAACGUCCACCGCGGGGCCUGCAAUUGCGGGUGCGGUGUCUGGAGUUGGUAAUGCUUUAAAGAGGGUUGGCGGACGAACGGGCAGAAUGAUCUCUUUCGUUGAAUCCUUUGAAUUGAAAUUCAUUCUCCCUUGCAUGGUUGCCCCGAUAACGAGGCUAACGUCCACAGCCCUAAUACCUCCUACGGUCUACUACUCUCGGGUGGCCAUUGAGGUCACUAAGAUUGUGUUCCAGACCCAAAAGAUGGCACCGCCAAACCUCGCUACAUUCCAAACCUAUCUCCAACCUUUGCUCGCAUCUCUUCGCAAUCCUUCAGCGUUACUAUCGAAACUUGACCCAGCCCCCUACUUUGGCCGCAUCAGAAACAUGGACCGUAAGCAACUUGCUUUCGUCGGCGUGACCGCCGCCGAGGUGAUCGGAUUUUUCUCUGUGGGCGAGAUGCUGGGCCGAUGGAAGAUCGAUCGCGGCAUCAAACUCAUCGCAAGUUCGUACGCGCAAAUGGACGCCUUUAAACUCCUGACCAGAUCCACUAAAUUUAAACCCGAUUCUAAGACCGGAUCACUAUCGAGCUCUACCCACCUCCCCUCGGCAGGGCAAGCGAGCACUCCCCAAUUGUUCCCUGAGAGGCAAUUCACCGACGCAGAUGGAACCAGAGGCAUAAAACGAAAGAGAAAUGGUGACGAGAGUAUUUCGCUAUCGAGUGACCUCGCAGUGCCGGAUUUCUUUGGUUCAGGACAACCGGCUACAGCUUCUUCAACCCAACCAUCGAAGGCGAAGCGGAACGAGAAGCGGACGGUGGAUAGGGAGAAUGAUUUAAAGCAAGAGGGGAACAACGCUCCCAUGUCGGAAGCGGAAUGCAAAUCUAUUCUGAAAGCCCACAAAAUCAAAGUCACCGAUUUACGAUCCUUUCCGGCCGAUGAGGUUAGUGAAGCUGCUGAUGGAAAAAAAUCCAAACGGAAGAAGGCAAAAAGAGACCAAGAGCCUCCCGCUCCUUUAACACGAAAACAACAGAAAGCUGCGUUAAGGCUCUACCCCGAACCGUUAACGGACUUCGAUCAACUCCGGGCAAAAUAUUUGAUUUCAAGGCGGCUCUCUGAAAAUAUCUCCCACCAGGGAUAUACCGUUCCUACAGAGGUCCAACUAGGGUCACUACCAUUGUUACUUGGAGGUGCACCAACAUCGAGUAGACGGAUCAAACCAGAUGAAACGGCCAAGUCACUCUCAGAGCAGGAACCGGACCUCCUUGUCGUUGCCCCGACCGGCAGUGGAAAAACCCUCUCAUUCAUGAUUCCCUUGAUUAAUAAAAUAAUAAAACAUCAUCAUGCCAACCCGGGACUCAAAGGGAUCCUUGCGAUUGUACUUGCGCCUACAAAAGAACUGGUCGCUCAGAUUGUGAAUGAGGGGCGGAAAUUGACCGCCGGCACCGGAGUAAAAAUAACAGCAAUGCGCAAAGGGAUGCGCGUUGUGGAAGGGGCACAAAAUAUAAGAUCUCUGGAAGAAGAAAGCGAAGAUGAUGAGGAUGUCGUGUCCAGCGACGGUGAGCUUCACGCAAUUGGAGGGAAUAAAGAAAAAGCCAUACCUCUUACAAGAAGCGACAUACUCGUGUGUACUCCUCUUCUUUUGGCAAAUGCAUUGUCCCAGGACGAGGCAGGGGACAUGGCAUCCUUACCCUCUGUGAAAACACUAGUGUUGGAUGAAGCCGACGUUCUCCUUGAUCCUUUAUUCCGAGAACAAACCUUGGAGGUAUGGAAAGCAUGUACCUGUCCUCAGCUAAGAGUUGGAUUGUGGUCCGCAACAAUGGGUUCGAAUAUCGAAGAACUUGCAAAAGCCACCAUCAAAGCGCGCCAACAAUCCCUUGGACUAAAGGACGAGUCAUUCCUCAUUCGUCUUGUGGUGGGACUGAAAGAUACCGCUAUUCCCAAUAUCUCGCACAAACUUGUCUAUGCGGCAACGGAACAAGGCAAGCUUCUUGGGCUACGCCAACUACUCCACCCAACCGCUGCAAGCAACUCUACCACCCGUCUUCGGCCACCGUUCUUGGUCUUCACACAAACCAUCUCCCGCGCCGUUGCGCUGCAUUCGGAACUCAUGUACGAUAUUCCACCGGAAGCAGGGGGGUCUUCGCGUAUCGCUGUUCUCCACUCUGAGCUUUCAGACUCUAGACGUUCUGAUGUAAUGGCUGGGUUCCGAAAGGGCGAGAUUUGGAUUUUGAUCACUACCGACUUGUUAGCCCGUGGGGUUGACUUCAAAGGAAUAAACGGCGUGGUGAACUAUGACAUCCCCAACUCUAGUGCUGCAUACGUUCAUCGUGUUGGGAGAACAGGACGUGCGGGCCGCGAUGGUGGCGUAGCAGUGACGUUUUACACUAAAGAAGAUAUCUCGUAUGUUAAAAACAUUGCAAAUGUCAUCUCAGCGAGCGAAAAGUUACGCGGGACGGAAGAGGGCGAACGCAUCCCGAAAUGGCUUCUUGACGCUCUCCCGAGUCUCUCGAAGAAAGACAAAGAAGAUUUGAAGAGACACGGUGUCAAAACUCGGAGGCCCAUGGCAACCAACGACGGGUCCGCAGCGAAGAAAUCAAGGAUCAGUACCAAGAGUGGGUUUGAGAGGAGAAUAGAAAAUAAGCGGAAAGGCGCGAUUAAGGGAAGUCAACGGCGGAAGGCGAAGGAGCAGUCUAGUGAAGUGGAUGAAGGGCAAGAUGUUUGGAAUGGCAUCGAGGACUGA